UAGGCUCCGCCCUUUCUUUUUGGCUGUCGCCGUGUUAAGGAGCGCGCGGUCUGAGGCCUGGCCUUUGCGCCGACAACGCGGGGAAAAUGCGUUACGUUGCAGCUUACCUUCUUGCUGUCCUUGGUGGCAAUGAAUCUCCAAGCUCAAAAGAUUUGAAGAAAAUUCUUGAUAGUGUAGGCAUUGAGACAGAUGAUGAACGUGUGAAUAAGGUAAUUAGUGAAUUAAAUGGGAAAAAUAUUGAAGAUGUCAUUGCCCAAGGUAACAGCAAGCUUGCUAGCAUGCCAGCUGGUGGGGCUGUAGCGGUUUCCUCAGGGCCUGCUGCUCCAGCUGGAGGGCCUGCACCAGCUGCUGCAGAAGAAAAGAAAGAAGAAAAGAAAGAGGAGUCUGAAGAAUCUGAUGAUGAUAUGGGUUUUGGAUUAUUUGACUAAAAUUAAGAGUUAGUCUGUAAUAAAUAUUUUUCAAAGAUUUUGCAUUGUAUUGUUAAUUUAUAAGCUUGGUUAAUAUUGUUUCAAAAGUUGGACCUGCCCAAAAGAAAUCAGGAUAUUUUUGUGUAUUCAUUAUGAUGAGUUUUGAAUAUUUUGUCACUUUUUAAAGCUUAUGAUCAUUUUGAAACUUACAAUGCUUUCUAGUAAAAAUUAAACCCUUACAUUUGUAA